AUGCUGCAGCACCACCCUAUUCAUCACGCUUUCUUCUUCUUCAUCCUCCUUUUGUCCUUCCCAAAUUAUUCACAAUCUUUAACCACUCAUGAUGAUGGUGAAAGGGGUAUUUUACUUAGCCUAAAACAACACUGGGAAAAUCCAUCUUCACUUGAGCGGUGGAACUCCACUUCCUCCCCAUGCCACCACUGGCCUGAAAUUUCAUGCAUCGACGGAAGUGUCACAGAGAUAUAUCUCUCCGGAAUGAACAUCCGAGGAUCAUUCCCCUCAAAAAUCAUAUGCCAGCUCAGUAAUCUUUCUUCAAUCUAUCUCAGCAUGAAUUAUCUAUGGGGAACUAUACCAGUUGGCCUCUCCAAUUGCUCAAAGCUUGAAGAGUUGGAUCUAUUUGAAAAUCUGUUGACAGGAAAAAUACCGGGUGAGUUGUUUUCCAUGAAAACCCUGCGAUUUUUGAAUCUUCAAGAAAACAUGUUGUCCGGUGAGAUACCGACGAUACCCAUGGUGGCUCACACUUUGGAGUAUCUUCUUCUUUCGUUUAACCAGUUGAAUGGAUCAAUACCAGAUGAUAUAGGGAAUUUUUACAAUCUUGUAGCCUUGGAUUUGUCUAUGAAUUCUUUCAGUGGCCCAAUUCCUGCUAGAUUGUUACAGUUGCAGCAACUGUCUUAUCUUUCACUUUCUUUUAACAAAUUGAGUGGUGAAAUACCAACUCAGUUGUUUUCCAUGAAAAAGCUAAUUAGUUUACGUCUUGGUCACAACAUGCUGUCCGGUGAGAUACCAACACUCAUGGUGUCUCAGAGUUUGCAGAAACUUGAUCUUUCAAGUAACCAUUUAAAUGGAUCAAUACCUGCUACAUUGUUGCGGUUGCAUCAACUGUCUUAUCUUUUACUUGCCUCUAACAAUUUGACUGGUGAAAUACCUGCAAGUUUGGACUUAUUUAGUCUGAUUUAUAUAAAUCUUUCUCACAAUCAUCUUAGUGGAAGUAUUCCAAGAGGCUUUGAAGAACUGCAGCAAUUGGAGACUAUUGAUGUUUCACAUAACAAAUUUUCUGGAGAAAUAUGUGAAACUGUUAGCCGUAUGUCAGCUGCAAGACUAACCCUUAGGAUUUGCAAGAACCACUUUUCUGGGAGAAUACCUUAUCAGCUAAUGGACCGAAAAUAUAAACACAGAUGCUUUGAUGAAGCGAAUUUAUGUUCAUAUGUAAUGGAUAAAAGAUUGCCAACAUGCCCUUCCCAACUGUUUUCUGAUUAUUCGGUUCCGCAACACUGCGCUUCCAAUAAGCCAAGUAAAUCAAAGAAAAUCAUUAGUGCCAUCAUUGCAGUGGUACUCAUUGUUGGGUUAGGAAUUCUGAUACUGGUGUUCAGAUAUGCAUGGGGAAGGAGAAGGGAAAAUGAUGGAGAAGAAUGGAGUAUCAUUUCACUUCAAAGGUUGGAAUUCAAUAAAUGGGAUAUUUUGGGUAAUCUGACGGAUGAAAAUUUGAUUGGAAAUGGAGGGUCAGGAAAAGUAUAUAGAGUGAUCACCAAAAAAGGUCAGAGUGUUGCUGUUAAAAGUAUAUGGCAUGAACCAAAGCAAGGGCAGGGAUUAAUGGAGAAACAGUUUCUAGCAGAGGUUAAGAUCCUUGGGGGAAUUUGGCACAACAACAUAGUGAAAUUGUUAUGCUGCAUCAGAGGAAAGACAACAAAGCUUCUUGUGUAUGAAUACAUGGACAAACAAUGUGCUUACAAAUGGUUGCAUGGAAAAAAGAGAGGCUUAACUACUCAAGUCUUGCAGUGGGAGAGAAGGCUAAAAAUUGCCAUUGGAGCUUCACAAGGGCUUUGCUAUAUUCAUCAUUCAUAG